AUGGGUACUACAACUGAGCCCUUUUAUGGAGAAGGGUGUGCUACCCCUACAGCAAGCAACCUUGUCAGCGGCACGAAGCUGACCUUUGGAGAGAUCACUUACAUGAUUACCAGCAGCCACAUAGAGAAAGCUAAAGACGGGGCCAACCAGGACAUCCCCACAUCCUCCUCUAAACCCUCCACCACCUUGUCUUCCUCCAACUCUUCCACCACCCCAACCUCCUCUAAAACCUCCACCACCUUGUCUUCCUCCAACUCUUCCACCACCCCAACCUCCUCUAAAACACCCACCACCUUGUCUUCCUCCAACUCUUCCACCAUCCCAAAAGCCUCUAAAAUACCCACCACCCUGUCUUCCUCCAACUCUUCCACCCCCCCAACCUCCUCUAAAACACCCACCACCUUGUCUUCCUCCAACUCUUCCAUCACCUCAUCCUCCUCUAAAACCUCUACCAACCGAUCCUCCGACAAGUCCCUGAGCAAGUCUACUAAACCUGCAACCACCUCCACCUCUGCCACCUCUACUAGUUCUGUUUUCACCAUCCUACUGCCAAGUCUCCUUGGGCUCCUGCUGGACAAAUUUCUUUACUGAUCUCAUUUGGCCCAGAAGAGCAUCUUCAACACGAUACAAGAACAGAGGGCACCAAUCCCAGAAGUUUAAUGUACAUUUCCCCCCAAUAUACCUUUUUGUAAACAUUUUUUGGUGGGUGAACUGCAUCACCAAGUGAGGAAAAGUGUGAAUUUCAAAGGACAGGUGCAUUUUGAUUCACGUAUUGGUGGAUUUGAUGGGUUCUCAUUAAAAUGAGAACCAAAGCAAUUUUUUUUUGCCUUCAUCCCCUGGUGGAAAUUGCACCAAACCCAAUGAGACUUCCUUCAGAAUUGAUGUGCAUAGGCUUGCACUCUUAGUCUCCUUACAAUCACAUCUG